AUGAGUAAUUUUAAGUGGGUUAGCACUCCCAUAAUAAGGAGUUGUCUUUUAAGAGCAAACAGCAAAGCAAUUAUACACAGUACCAAUGUGGGAGCUUCCUUAACAAGGGCAGGAUUAAAUGGAAUAAGAACAAAUCAUUCAAUAAGCAAUGACUCGCCUGAAAAUCUUAUCAAGAAAUCUCAUACAAAGGCCAUGCCAGCUGACUAUGAGAUCGUUGCUCCAGUAAAAAAAAUAAAAAUUAUCAAAUUAGCGCAUUCAAAAUAUGAAUCAAGCAAAUAUCACCUUCCUAAAUGGAAAUCAGCAAUGGGUGAAGUUGUGAUUAAUAUGCUAAAAUUAGAUAUGGAUCGUGUUAGGGCAGGUCCAGUUGCAGGCUCUUAUUACUAUAUGUUAUGUAAAGAGCAAGGGCUACAAUAUGAUGAUGAAGAAUUAAGUGAAAGUUGUAAAUUUUUUUAUGAAAGUUUAAAUUUACCACGUACUUUUUCCCAAUGGUUUCAAAUCACCAUCUUACAUGAAUGGAUUUUAUUUACAAGAAUGCGUGCAAUGCCAUUCAAGUAUGGUAAGAAUUAUCAACAAAAGUUGGUUGAUAGAACCUUUUUAGAUAUUGAAAGAAGGUUAUUUGAAGAAAUGAAUGUUAAAUCAGGGAGAAUUGUUGAUCAAUACUUGAAGGAUUUUAAUACCCAAUUACGUGGUGCAGUAUUUGCUUAUGAUGAAGGAUUUUUCACCGAUGACGCAACUUUAGCAACAGCUCUAUGGAGAAAUUUGUUCGGUGGUAGAAAAAAUAUUGACAUGGUCCAACUAGAGGCUAUUGUUAGAUAUGUAAGAUCUCAGUUGUAUGUUUUAAGCAAAAUGUCAGACAGAGAAUUUGCCAAGGGGAAUUUUAAAUUUGUUCCACCAAACGAAGUUGUAGAAAGAUUAACUCCAGAACAAGAAAACAAAUUAAAGCAAAGUAUUAUUAAAAAGUACGAAACAGAAACAGAUCUCUUGCCAAGUGAGCAUAGUAAACUAUCUUAUACUAAUUAG